AUGUCUCUCACAAACUGCAGUGCUAACAGGAACUGGCUUUCUUUUCUCCUCCCAGCCCCGACUGUCUGGCGAGGUGCAACCCGGACAAGGCGCGUGGAGUUGGGGGGCCUCCGUGGUGGUUUUUGUUCAGGAAGCCUGUGCUUUUUCUAUGGCAGGAAACUUGGCGCCCGUGCCCCUCAGCCCAGCCCCGCAGAGAUGCCUCCCCAGCUCUCAGGUGGUCUCAGCUGCUCAGCCAGAGUUGUCCAGGGCACCCUGGACAGCCUGCCCCAGGCCGUGAGAGAGUUCGUGGAGAGCAACGCCAAGCUGUGCUGGCCCGACCAGAUCCACAUCUGCAACGGCUCUGAGGAUGAGAACCGGCAGCUGCUGGGCCGCAUGGAGGAGGAGGGUGUGAUCAAGAGGCUGAGGAAGUACGACAACUGCUGGUUGGCUCUCACUGACCCCAGGGAUGUGGCCAGAAUUGAAAGCAAGACGGUCAUCAUUACUCAAGAGCAAAGAGAUACGGUGCCCAUCCCCAAAACCGGCCUCAGCCAGCUGGGUCGCUGGAUGUCCGAGGAGGAUUUUGAGAAAGCGUUCAAUGCCCGAUUUCCAGGGUGCAUGAAAGGUCGCACCAUGUACGUCAUCCCAUUCAGCAUGGGGCCCCUGGGCUCGCCUCUGUCCAGGAUCGGCAUUGAGCUGACGGAUUCGCCCUACGUGGUGGCCAGCAUGCGCAUCAUGACGCGAAUGGGCACGCCCGUCCUGGAAGCGCUGGGGAACGGGGAGUUUGUCAAAUGCCUCCAUUCCGUGGGGUGCCCUUUGCCUUUACAAAAGCCUUUGGUUAACAACUGGGCCUGCAACCCGGAGAUGACACUCAUCGCCCACCUGCCCGACCGCAGAGAAAUCAUCUCCUUCGGGAGUGGGUACGGCGGGAACUCGCUCCUUGGGAAGAAGUGCUUUGCUCUCAGGAUGGCCAGCCGGCUGGCCAAGGAGGAGGGGUGGCUGGCAGAGCACAUGCUGAUUCUGGGCAUAACCAACCCCAAGGGCCAGAAGAAGUACUUCGCGGCUGCCUUUCCCAGCGCCUGCGGGAAGACCAACCUGGCCAUGAUGAACCCCACCCUCCCAGGGUGGAAAGUAGAGUGUGUGGGGGAUGACAUCGCCUGGAUGAAAUUUGACCAACAAGGUAACUUGCGGGCCAUCAACCCAGAGAACGGGUUUUUUGGUGUCGCUCCUGGAACCUCUGUGAAGACAAACCCCAAUGCCAUCAAGACCAUCCAGAGGAACACCAUCUUCACCAACGUGGCCGAGACCAGCGAUGGGGGCGUUUACUGGGAAGGCAUUGACCAGCCACUGGCCCCGGGCAUCAAGCUCAUUUCCUGGAAGGGCAAGGAGUGGGACCCCAAGGAUGGGGAGCCUUGCGCCCACCCCAACUCGCGGUUCUGCACCCCUGCCAGCCAGUGCCCCAUCAUUGACCCUGACUGGGAGUCUCCGGAUGGCGUGCCCAUCGAGGCCAUCAUCUUCGGGGGGCGCCGACCUGUUGGUGUCCCUCUGGUCUAUGAGGCUCUCAGCUGGCAGCAUGGCGUGUUUGUGGGUGCGGCCAUGAGAUCGGAGGCCACGGCAGCGGCAGAACACAAGGGCAAAGUCAUCAUGCACGACCCCUUCGCCAUGCGGCCCUUCUUCGGCUACAACUUCGGCCAGUACCUGGCGCACUGGCUCAGCAUGGCCCAGCGCCCCGAGGCCAAGCUGCCCAAGAUCUUCCACGUCAACUGGUUCCGGAAGGACAAGGCCGGCAGGUUCCUCUGGCCGGGCUUCGGCGAGAACUCCAGGGUGCUGGAGUGGAUGUUCAACCGCGUUGGCGGGGAAGGGGGCGCCAAGCUCACGCCCAUCGGCUACAUCCCGGACGAGGACGCCCUGGACCUUCGGGGCCUGGGGGACGUCAGCGUGAAGGAGCUCUUCCACAUCUCCAAGGAGUUCUGGGAGGAGGAGGUGGAAGACAUCCAGAAGUACCUGGAGGGGCAGGUGAACGCCGACCUCCCCCACGAGAUCGAGAGCGAGGUCCUGGCCCUGAAGCAAAGAAUCAGCCAGAUGUAGUCACACCCCAGACCUCACCUGGUCCUCCGCCUCCAAUCCGUACAGUGCGAGAGAGAGAGCGAGAGAGAGAGAGAGAGAGAGAGAGAGAGGGAGAG